ACAGCUCUCGCGUUUUUGUGCCGUUCUUGGCUUGCCGGUGCCAUUACAUCAUAAGAACUUUGCAGCGAUCGGCAAAAAAGUUCAUGUUGCGGCCAUGAAAGCCGUGGCAGAAAACAUGGAGAAAGCUAGAGUUUUCACGAAGGAGAUGGUGGAUGACAGCGAUGUUGGCGUUAUGUUCGACGGGACGUGGCAAAAGCGGGGCCACAAAAGCCAUAACGGCGUUGGCGCAGCUGUGUCUGUAGACACUGGCUUGUGCCUCGAUUUCGAGGUACUUUCCAACUUCUGCCUUGCGUGCAGUCGGCACCAAGACCUCGGGAGUGAAGAAGAGGAAGUGUGGCAAGCGUUUCAUGGCCCUGUUUGUGAGAAGAAUACAGAAUGCUCCUCUCAUGCAAUGGAAACAGAGGCAGCAGUGCGCAUAUGGACGCGGACCCCCUCACAGGAGACACCAUUGCGCUUCACCAAGUUUCUAAGCGACGGGGACAGUAAAGCUUUUAGUGCAGUCUCCGAGGCAAAAGUGUAUGGCGAAACAUCUGUCACGAAGGAAGACUGCACAAACCAUGUGGCCAAGCGCCUAGGAACUGCACUUCGUAAGCUCAAGACCCCUCUUCCACGUGGUGAGAAGUUGAAGGAUGGGCAGAUUCAAAAGUUGCAAAACUACUACCGGAUAGCGAUCACCAGCAACAGGGGCAACGUCAGGAAAAUGUAUUGUGCCAUUUGGGCGUCCUACUUUCACUCGUGUUCCACAAAUGCUGCCAAGAGCCACAAGUUCUGCCCCGAAGGAGUGGAAUCAUGGUGUAAGCACCGGCGGGCCGAAGCACUCGGAGAGCCCGCACCAGACCACACUCCCCUUCUGACAAAGGCACAGGGGCUGGCUCUGCUGCCUAUAUACAGGCGUCUCACAGAAGAAAAGCUGCUCACCCGCUGCUUGCAAGGGAAAACACAAAACGCAGCGGAGUCUUUGAAUAGCAAAAUCUGGCUGCUAUGCCCGAAGACAAAGUUUGCCUCCAGGACUGUUGUGGAAACGGCAACUGCCAUUGCUGUUUUGUGGUAUAACAGGGGGCAUGGAAGCUUUGAGCAAGUGCUUCAGGAGCUUGGCGUACUGCCAUCAGAAGAGCUUGUCGCCCUGGGCAGCUCCCGUGACCAGAGGAGAAUAAAAAAAAUGUCAGCCCGCCAAACCGCUGAAGCCCGAGCACAUCGCCGUAAUAUGGUGAAGAGAGCACGUCUCACAGACUCCACUCGGGAAGAUCUUGAGGGGCCAACGUAUGCGCCAGGAGAGUUCUAA